CACAUUUUUUUCCUCGAUGGCCAGCGGACUAAAUACCACAGAAUAACGCACGUAGUUGGUCAAGAUAUUGUAAUAGUCAGUGUAUAGAGCUUUGCAGUGGAUGUUUGAAUGAGUUGAGAACGUUUACUCAAACGUACCCAACACAGGUUUGUGUUAAAAAACAAAACGAGCUCCUGUGCUAUCUCGAGGUAAAAACAAAACUCAAAUAAACAUGGCGUCUGAUGCAUCCGGCGCCAACAAAUCAUGGGAAUUAACAUUGUACGAGCUACAGAGAACACCGCAAGUGGCCAUCGAAGACAACACCGAAAUCGCCGUUUCCCCCAGAAGCCUUCACAGUGAACUCAUGUGUCCGAUAUGCCUGGAUAUGCUGAAGCAAACCAUGACCACCAAGGAGUGUCUGCACCGAUUCUGCUCUGACUGCAUCAUCACAGCACUACGGUCUGGCAAUAAAGAGUGCCCAACUUGCCGCAAGAAACUAGUUUCCAAACGAUCACUGAGACCAGACCCCAACUUUGACAUGCUCAUUUCCAAGAUAUACCCCAGCAGAGAUGAGUAUGAAGCACAUCAGGAAAGAGUCUUAGCAAACCUGAGCAAGAGUCACUCACAGUCAGCACUACUCAAUUCUAUUGAAGAAGGAAUGAAGAUCCAGUCCCAAAACAGAGCCACGAGGAUCAGGAAGAAUGCUCCAGAAAAUGAGCCAAACAAUUCCAUAACUACCACUCCAAAUGUCAGUGCACCUUCUACCCCUACUCCAACUGAAUCUGUACCUUCAGCCAAAAAGAAGCCCAAGUUAUCAACCAAUCUCUCUGAAAACGAAUCUACCGGCUCGGGUGCUGAAGGACCGAGUGAUCAUGGUGCUACAGAAAAACUUUGUGAGGAACAAAGUGGUCCUUCCUGUUCCGGCGGAAAAUCAUUUAAUGAGAUCGAAUUGGUAUUUAAACCGCAUCCAGUGGAAAUGGGAAACGACAACGAUCUGAUUAAAGCUCUCAAAGAAAAUUCCAUCAGAUAUAUCAAAACAACUUCAAACGCUACUGUUGAACAUCUAAGCAAAUAUCUUGCAAUGAGAUUGACCCUGGAUUUGGAAUCUGAGAUACCGGACUCGCUAACCAACUUUUGCAUUUACAUCUCUCCGGGUCCGAGCCAAUUUGUCGUUCUCAGUGGGAUGCAGACGCUGGAUGAUGUCAAUGAAAAAUAUUGGAAAUCCAACCAACCAUUAGAGAUGUUUUAUUCUUGGAAAAAGUCCAGCGUUCAAUGAAACUCCAUCCGUUCCACGAAACUGGCAAACCGAGUAAGACGGAAGAAGGAAAAGGAUGACAAAGUUGAAAAUGAAGCGACCAAACUCUCUCAGACCUGGCAUAACGAAUGCUCGGUCAUUUACCUUUGUACAAGUGUUCUCACAUACUUUCCCGUGUUGACGUUUAAGUUAAAUGUACCGCGAUAAAUAACAAAAACAAAAAAAAAGUAUUGGUUUACCCCGUGAGAUCGCGCUCUGAUCAAAUGAAUGAAACUUCAACACCUUUUUUCUCUUCCUAUCGUUAGAUAGAACAUUGACGCUUCAGUUGUCGGCGUUCGAUGGCCAACGCCAAUCUAACAGGGCCGGUGGAAAAGUGGUAAAACUCUUUAAGACACUCGUGAGAAGUUAAAAGAAAAUGACGUACCUUGGGAAACGGAAAUGAAAAGCGAGGUUGAGGGAGAUGUGUCGCAUCGGCUCGUGGGAAUGGACAAGACUUACAUUUUUGGGUAGAUUCGUAUUUUAGACCUUACUACAUCGAAAAUGCAUACCGAUGGGGUGACACUUUGCGCAUACCAUUACCAUGCCACGAAUAGCUUAAAGAACGGCAUCAUAACCAACUGCACGCUCCAUUGCAUCCGUCGUAUAUUGCAGCUCGAUCGAUUUCUUAUUUGAGUGAUUUAUUAUUUUAAUAAAUUGCCUUGUUGAGACAA